AUGCCUGGUUUGCCGUUUACAGACGAGAAUGCCAUUCCGCAUGAUAAUGCCUACCGCAAAGACGAUGGUGCUUAUGACCCGGUUCAGAUAGCUACCGGCUUGCAGUCUUCUUUCAAGGGCCUGCCGCUUGGCAGAAGAGUUGCCCUGGGCGAUGUUACUUCCCAAACAAACAUCCCAACCCACAACAAAGCACAAACUGGCCUAUACUCGCGCCAACUGAAUAUUAGGGACUCGCCGGAUCGAGCCUCUAGCUCGCAACCCACGCAUCCGCAGGUUGCAAAACAAGCUCCACAAAACGCAAUUGGUGACAUACUGGAUGAUAUUACAGAAGACAGGAUGGAGGACUACAACGAGAGCCAUGGUGCGGCUAUCCCAGACGGGAAAAUACAUGGUGAUGCCGACGAUAAAGGCGAGAAGGAUACAGCUACAGCCCUGGCAGCUGCGGGAGCAGAAGCUGAAAUCGAUAUCGACGAAAAUUAUAACGAAGUCGAAGGCAGCGAGACGUCUUCCAUAUCGUCGGAUAGUGAGCCUAUUGUCCUGGUGCACACAGAGGAAUCCCGCCGUGCCAUCUUGCUCGCGCAUCAACAAUUGCAUUCAGACGCCAUCGACCCUCUUGAUGAGGACACUUAUGAUCUAGUAAUGGUGGUGGAGUAUGCGCAUGAGAUUUUCCAUUAUCUCCACGAAAUCGAGAAAAAAUUUCAAGCACAUCCUCGCUAUAUGCAAUUUCAACCUGAGCUCAAAUGGUCGUACCGUUCUACCCUCAUCGACUGGAUAGUGCAGGUGCACGCUCGGUUCCAAUUAUUACCAGAGACACUUUAUUUGACUGUGAACAUUAUCGACCGUUUCCUAUCGCGCAAAACGGUUACUCUGAAUAGGUUUCAGCUGGUUGGGGCAGCGGCCCUAUUCUUGGCUGCAAAGUUCGAGGAAAUUAACUGUCCGUCCCUCAAAGAGAUUCUUUACAUGCUGGAUAAUUCGUAUUCAAGGGACGAGCUCCUCAAAGCCGAGAGAUACAUGAUAAAUACUUUGGAGUUCGAACUAGGCUGGCCGGGUCCCAUGUCCUUUCUUCGCCGAGUGAGCAAAGCAGACGAUUAUGAGUACGACAUACGAACACUUGCUAAAUACUUACUGGAGUCAACUAUUAUGGAUUCUCGUUUGGUAUCGGCUCAGCCAAGCUGGUUGGCUUCCGGGGCGUAUUAUCUCAGCCGUGUGAUACUCGGAUUCAACGACUGGUCUCAGCAGCACAUUUAUUAUUCCAAAUAUACUGCGGAACAGUUGUUUCCUCUGGCCACAAUUAUAUUGGAAAACUGCCGACAUGCGCCUAGACGUCAUCAAGCGAUUUAUGAAAAGUAUUCAGAGCGUCGUCACCGUCGCUCUUCCCAGGUCGUGGCUCGUUGGAUUGCCAUGGCCGAACAACAGGUUACAUAA